GUCCUCCGCCGCGGCCGUCCGAGAGGGCAACCGGCCGGUCCCUCGCCAGGCCGCUACCUCCCGAGCUGCAGUCGCCGCCGCCGCCGCCUCGGUGCGGCCACCGCUUCAGAGCCGGCGUCGGUCACGUGAGUCGCCCAGGCCCAGAGAGGCGGCGGCGCCAACAGCUACCCUGCGGCCCGCCUUCCAGCACCAAAGAGGCGCAGGAAGGAGAGACAAACCGCCCGCCCGCCGGCUCCACAAACAGCCCCUCGCUGGUCCUCCAGUCUUCCAGCGAGAAGAAAGAAAGAGCGUCCCCGGAAGCCGCCGAAACUCUGGGGUAGAGCGGCACGCGCUUUUUGCUUUUCCGCGUCCUCUUCGGUGGCGGUCGUCGUCCUAGAAAGGGCGGUGGGCUCCACCUCGGCUCAGAAGGGCAGCGGGAGCCGCAGGAAGCCGUCGCGGGAAGCUCAGCAGCAUUGGUGUUGGAGCCUCCGGAUUGCGCUGACCCUGAGCUCUCAGACUCCCCAGUACAAUGACUCAAGCAGAAAUUAAGCUCUGUUCUUUGUUGCUGCAAGAGCAUUUUGGAGAGAUUGUAGAAAAAAUUGGAGUCCAUCUGAUAAGAACCGGUAGCCAGCCACUAAGAGUAAUUGCCGAUGACACAGGAACAUCACUGGAUCAGGUGAAAAAAGCCCUGUGUGUCCUCGUCCAACAUAACCUGGUGAGUUAUCAAGUGCACAAACGUGGUGUGGUGGAGUAUGAAGCCCAGUGCAGCCGGGUAUUGCGAAUUCUUAGAUAUCCCCGGUACAUCUAUACUACCAAAACUCUGUACAGUGACACUGGAGAGCUGAUUGUUGAGGAGCUUCUGUUGAACGGCAAACUGACAAUGUCAGCUGUUGUGAAGAAAGUGGCAGACCGGCUCACAGAGACCAUGGAGGAUGGCAAGACCAUGGACUAUGCUGAAGUAUCAAACACAUUUGUGCGACUGGUAGACACACACUUUGUACAACGCUGCCCUUCGGUACCUACCACUGAGAAUUCAGACCCUGGGCCACCACCACCUGCCCCAACACUUGUCAUUAAUGAAAAGGACAUGUACCUGGUUCCUAAACUCAGCUUGAUAGGGAAAGGUAAAAGGCGGAGAUCAUCUGAUGAAGAUGCUGCUGGGGAGCCCAAGGCCAAGAGACCAAAACAUACUACAGAUAACAAGGAGCCCAUUCCAGAUGAUGGGAUUUAUUGGCAGGCCAACCUUGACAGAUUCCACCAACACUUCCGUGACCAAGCCAUUGUGAGUGCAGUUGCUAACAGGAUGGACCAGACAAGCAGCGAGAUUGUGCGAACCAUGCUCCGAAUGAGUGAGAUUACCACUUCCUCUAGUGCUCCCUUCACCCAGCCAUUGUCUUCCAAUGAGAUCUUCAGAUCCCUACCUGUUGGCUAUAACAUCUCUAAACAAGUUCUUGAUCAGUAUCUCACUCUGCUGGCAGAUGAUCCACUAGAGUUUGUUGGAAAGUCUGGCGACAGUGGUGGAGGAAUGUAUGUCAUCAACCUCCAUAAGGCAUUAGCAUCCCUAGCCACAGCCACUCUGGAGUCCGUCGUACAGGAGAGAUUUGGGUCUCGCUGUGCUAGAAUAUUCCGUCUAGUUUUGCAGAAGAAACACAUAGAGCAGAAGCAAGUGGAAGACUUUGCAAUGAUUCCUGCAAAGGAGGCCAAGGAUAUGCUAUAUAAGAUGCUCUCAGAAAAUUUCAUGUCACUCCAGGAAAUUCCCAAAACACCAGACCAUGCCCCAUCCAGGACCUUCUAUUUAUAUACUGUGAACAUCCUGUCAGCUGCCCGAAUGUUGUUGCACAGGUGCUACAAGAGCAUAGCCAACUUGAUAGAAAGGAGGCAAUUUGAAACCAAAGAGAAUAAGCGUCUACUAGAAAAAUCUCAGAGGGUAGAAGCCAUCAUUGCAUCUAUGCAGGCUACUGGUGCAGAGGAUGCACAGUUACAAGAAAUAGAGGAGAUGAUCACAGCUCCUGAACGUCAGCAGCUAGAGACCCUGAAACGUAAUGUCAACAAGUUGGAUGCCAGUGAAAUCCAGGUGGACGAAACCAUCUUCCUGCUGGAGUCUUACAUUGAGUGCACCAUGAAGAGACAGUGAUCCAGAAGAAGCAUCUUCCUCAGAAGAUCUGGGGGGAUGGAAAAAUAAAGGAGGUGCCUGGAUGCA